CGAUAACAUUCGACGAAGAUGAAAGAAAACAACAGUAGCAGUAACUAGUUUACAAUUGCUGGUUUCAGUGAGAGAGCAAAGAGCGUUUUCAUUUGGUAGUAGUAUAGUGCACUGUGAAUGAGCUGAGACGAAGCACGAUGAAGAUGAAAUUGAAUCUGUUUUCGUUUCUCUUUACAUUUACCAUUCUAUCCUCCCAUGUCCUCUCCAUUUCCGAUCUCAUCCUCACCAAGGUUGACCGUCGUAUUGAUCUGUCAACGCAAAUUGUCCGCACCACUACUACACUAAAGGUAGAGAAUGCAGGGUCUGAUAUUGUAUCUGAAAUCUUGCUGUCCUUUCCUGAAAACCAUGCAAUUCACUUGGCAUAUUUGUCGGCAACACUUAAUGAAGGAAGGGGAAAGGCGAAACCAUCUUCUGGUGUUAGUUUACCCUAUGAUGAAGUUGUCAGCCCUAAAGAUUUUCCCAAUUCCUUGAAAGUUUACUCUGUAACUUUACCUAAAGGCCUUGGGAAGGGAGAUAGUCUGACGUUGGAUGUCUUGGCAGUUUUCACCCACAUAUUGCAACCAUUUCCAGAGAAAAUUACUCAGGCUGAUAUUCAGCUUCUGCUUUUUCAAGAGAGUGCACACUAUCUUACUCCUUAUCCAGUAAAGGUUCAAUCACUCACCGUUAAAUUACCUGAUGCAAGAAUAGAGUCCUACUCAAAACUGGAAAAUACAAAACUUCAGGGAUCUGAAUUGAAAUAUGGUCCAUAUCAGAAUAUUCCUCCAUUUGCAUACUUGCCAAUGGUUAUCCACUUUGAGAAUAAUCAGCCUUUUGCCGUUGCUAAAGAGUUGGUGAGGGAGAUUGAGAUAUCCCAUUGGGGUAAUGUGCAGAUCACAGAGCAUUAUAAUCUCGUUCAUGGCGGUGCUGAGAGCAAAGGAGAAUUUUCUAGGCUUGACUAUCAGGCCAGGCCGUAUGUAAGAGGUGCAUCAGCCUUUAGGCGUCUUGUUGCCAAGCUGCCACCAAGAGCUCAUUCUGUGUACUACAGGGAUGAAAUCGGCAACAUUUCCACUUCUAAUUUGUGGGGUGACUCAAAAAAGACACAACUGGAGAUCGAACCGAGGUACCCAAUCUUUGGUGGCUGGAAAAUUGCCUUUACCAUUGGAUAUGGGUUGCCACUUCAGGACUUCUUAUUUGGAAUCGAUGGAAAGCGCUUCCUUAAUAUCUCUUUUGGUUCCCCCAUUAAUGAGUUGGUGAUUGACACUCUUAUUGUGAAGGUUGUUUUGCCAGAGGGUUCAAAAGAUAUUUCACCAUCUGUUCCAUUUCCUGUGAAACAAAGACAUGAGACAAAGUUUUCUCACUUGGAUAUUGCUGGUAGACCUGUUGUUGUGCUGGAGAAGAACAACGCUGUGCCUGAGCAUAAUGAGCAUUUUCAGGUCUAUUAUAAGUUCAACCGUCUUUCUAUGCUCAGGGAGCCAUUGAUGUUGAUUUUUGGGUUUUUCUUUCUAUUUGUUGCCUCCAUUGUCUACAUGCAUGCAGACUUGUCAAUCUCCAAGACUUCUGCAUCUUAUUUGGCAAAGAUCCAAUGGGAAGAGGUAAUCAACUUGGUGUCAUUUACAAAAUCUGUAUUUGCAAUUGAUUAUGGAGCUUAUACAGUACACUUUUGUUUCAUCAUUCAGGUUCAAGCAACUAUUCAUCAGGUCCAUACUAUCAUUAGCCGUUGCUUAACAACACAUGACAAGCUAGAAGCAUCAUUGCGUGAUCUUUCUAGGACAGGAGAUAUUCAAGCAUGUAAAGCAACCCGGAAAUCAGUUGAUAGCUCGUUGAAAGAGCUCACGAAAGAGUUGAAAUCGCCAGUGACAUUCUUGCAGUCUUCACCACAAGCCACACAAAUAUUACCCAAGGUGGAGGAAGUUAUUGCUAAGGAGAGAGAUUUGCAGGAGAGACUCAUGGCAAAACACUCUACUGUUGUUGACUGUUAUGAGAAGAAGUUAGGAGGAAGGGAAAUUGAGAAUAGGGUUGCUUCACAUCAGCAGAAAAUUACAGCUCUGAGACAAGAGAUUGACGAUCUUAUGGACUUGAUCGAUGAGAUAUGAUAGAUGACUAUGCUGCUUGAGACGAUAACAUGCUCCCAUUUUGACCUUGUUUUACUCGAUUUAGAUCAGAAUUUUUAGCGGCUGGAUGGUUUCUAAGAGGUUACUUGUGUUGUUCGGAUGAGAAUUUUGUGACUGUUUAUUGUGUACCAGUAACUAGUAAUGUUAUGAUAAUUUGAGCAUAAAUACACACUAGAACUAGUAAUGUUAUGAUAAUUUGGGCAUAAAUAUACACUAGAAUAAGGAUUACAAUCUUA